AUGAAUUUUUUCGGAAAGACUCCUACCGUUAAAGAACAACAAAGAGCAAAUGAUCGAGAUUUAAGAAAAGUAACCAGAGAAAUCGAAAGAGAUAGAAAUCAAUUGGAAAGAGAAGAAAAAAAAAUUGAAAUGGAAAUAAGAAAAAUGGCUAAAGAAGGUAAUAAAGAAGGCUGCGCUAUUUUAGCCAAGCAGUUGGUGCAAUUAAGAAAACAAAAAAAUAGGACCAUAGCAGCUACGAGUAAGAUUCAUGGUAUAGCUGCUCAAAAUAAAAUGAUGGGAGCAAAUGUUGCAUUGACUGAUGCAAUGGCGACAACAUCGAAAACCAUGGGAAAUAUAAAUAAACUAAUGCAACCACAAAGGCUGGCAAAUGAUAUGAAAGCUUUUCACGAAGCCGCAACCAAGAUGGGAAUGACGGAAGAAAUAAUUAAUGACACCCUAGAUGACAUACUAGAUGCUUCAGAUGAUGAAGAAGAAUCGGAUAAAGUUGUUACUCAAGUUUUAGAUGAAAUCGGAAUAGAAAUAUCUGGUGAAAUGUCUAAAGCUCCAAAUGCUGUAAGAGGCAGAGUUGGGGAAAAGUCUAGACUACCAACUGAUGAAGAAAUAGAAGCACAAUUGGCAAAACUGAGAGUUCCUAAUUAA